GUUUUGUUUUGCGGUGCGCGCGAGCGCGCGAGCCUCAUUCUUACGCUUCGCGCGCAGGGUCUGGUCUCCUUUCAACUCCUUAUAUCCAUUCUGGCUUUGCGCCGGCCGAACGCCGCCUAGUCUAGCUCAAAACUCGACUUGCCACCAACAACAGUUUUACCCUCACGCGGCCCGUGAUGUACGCGUUCGACCGCCCGGGCGUCGCGCCGCGCAAAGCAAAACUCCAGCACGCCGCGAUCAUCUCGAAAGGCCCGGCUACCGUAAGAGAAGGCCCGCGCUUCGAGUCGCGCCGCGUCGGCGCCCUGCUGCGCGGCGUCCGCGUGGUCCUCGCGCCGGAGCGCCGCGUGGCGAUCAAGCACGACACGGGCGAGCGCGUGACGCGCCGGCGCGUCCUCAAGCCCGUCGCCGGCUGGAUUUCUCAGAAGUGCGUCGGCUCGUUGCGGUAUGCCGCGCCCGUCGCGACGAGGGCCCAGCUGAGGGCCGCCGAGGCGCGCGGCCGCGACCGGGCCCGCAGCGACGACUACGACCCGCGCGGCCGGCCGACGGUCUACGGCGGCGCGUCAAAUCUCGACCUCGUGCCUGAAGCGGAUCUCGACGCGACGGCCGGGCUCCCGCUCGCCGCGCUCGAGGGGGUCCCCGACGGCGACGCGACGGGCUCGUGCGACUCCUGCCGCAGCCGCGCUUCUUCAGUGGACGCGACGCCGGCGACGCCGGACCGCUACGAAUCAGCCACGCCAGUGACGGACCGCUGUAUCAUCGGAGACAGCUUCCUCACCGAGGCCCCGGCGACUCCGGAACAGGAGCAGGCCUACGUCGACGAAUUUCUCGUGCGCGACCCGACGACCGCGCUCACGGCCCGGCAGGCCUCCGCGACGAAGCUCGACGCGCUGUGUCGGAAGGCUCGGAUCCUCCGCGCGGCGUCGUCGGGCUCCUACGGCGACGCGCUGGCCGCGCGCCUCGCGGCGGCCGGCGCAAGGGCGGCCCAGGCGCGCCGCCGCGGCCGCCCCGCGGUCACGCCCGAGCGCCUCCGGGAGAUGAUGCGCAUCGUGAACGAACAGCGCCGCGCCGCGGCCCUCCAGCGGUCGCCGUCGCCGCGCAAGACGCCCCACAAGUUCCGGGGCAGCACGAUCUACCCGCCCCCACAGGUCCCCGUGCCCACGUCGCCGGGCUUCUAG